UUGGCUGUUGCUCAAUAAACGUAGUGGGGACGCCCUCUGAUUGGAGGCAGGAUUGGCGGGAAGGCAGCAGGCUCAGAGGGGGCCCUCUGAUUGGAUGCAGGAGCGGCGGGAAGGUCGUGCGGUCAGAGGGCAGUGCGUGGGCUGAGACGUUUCUGGGGGUCCUCUGAGCUGGGUUGGAGCUGCUGGUGCGCCUUUGUGGGUCAGGGUACAUUGCUUUAUUCAAACAGGCUUGAGUGACAACUUGAGGACAAGGACACUUUGCCAAGAUUUUAUGCAGCAGCUGGUGGGGCCAGAGAGGCAGCAUGGUGCGGCAGGAGAAGGAGGACCUGUGCGAGCAAUUGGUUGAAGCCUCAGAGUUACUGAAAUCCCAGGCCAAAGAACUCAAAGAUGCCCAUCAGCAGCAAAGGCUGGCCCUGCAGGACUUGUUGGAGCUCAGUGAGCUGGUGGCAGAGCUCUGCUCCCAGAAGCAGAAGGUGUGGGACAAGGAGGAGGAGAUGGAGGUGGCCAUGCAGAAAGUCAACACGAUGCGGCAGGAGAUCUGAAGAUCCACGAAGCUCAGAAAGAGGAAGCUGUUUAGAUGUUUCAGCGAUGGUAUUGACUGAACUCUCUUUCAUUUUUUUAUUGUUAUACUUUAAGCUCUGGGGUACGUUGUAUGAUCUUAAUAAAACAUCUUU